CCACCACCGGAGAAGGAAAAAAAGAAAUUUAAAAGUUGCAAAAAGAAGGGGGGGGUCAAAGUUUGUUGUGAAGUUGCUGGGAUCUUAAGUUUUGUUUACACAUAUAUCUACGUGUGCGCGCGCGAGAGCGAAAUUGACAAAGGCUUUUUUUCCACGGUGAGUUUCACCGUUCUGAUUUGCUCAGGUCAACUAGCCCCGAACGGGAAGCUCAUGAAUAAUUAAAGAGGGGGAGUUCUAUCCAGCGAAAGCGACGCUGAUUGAGCACUCCUUGAAAAUUGAGUUUCCUAACUUUUUUACUUGGCAAGAGUUUGGAGUGGGGCGAUCAUGAACAUUUUGAUUCCUUUACAUCCGCACUUUUGAAGACUGGAUUCCCUCGGAGGGGGGCAGGGAAUUCUUUUUUAAAAACAAAAAAAAAGUUUUAACUAUUUAAAAAAAAGUUUUCGAAACUCUACUAUUUAAUUUUUUUUUGAAUUCAUACACAAAGUCUGCCAUGGAUCCAAACCCUAUUCCGCCGCCAGGACAGACCAUCGUUCGCGUCUUGGGGGACUCGGAGACCGACCUGGAAGCUCUAUUUAACGCGGUGAUGAAUCCGAAACCGGGAACCGUCCCGCACCAGGUGCCCAUGAGAAUGAGGAAGCUGCCCGAGUCGUUCUUCAAGCAGCCCGAUUCGGGAUCUCACUCACGGCAGUCGAGUACGGACUCCAGCAAUAACCUGCCCCAGUUGCAAGUGCAGCACAUUCGCUCGCAUUCCUCUCCUGCCUCGCUGCCCGUCAGUGCGAACCCCAACCCGCAACAGUAUGGACACCUCCGGCAGCAGUCCUUCGAUAACAUCGACGAUAUCCCGUUGCCCCCCGGCUGGGAGAUGGCCAAGACCCCCUCUGGCCAGAGAUACUUCUUAAACCAUGUAGACAGGAUAACAACAUGGCACGACCCCCGGAAGACGAUGAGCCAGAUGAAUCUGAACACAGCCGGUACAUCAAACCAGAUGCAGCAAAGAUCCAUGGGCUUGCCUCAUCCCAACCCUGUGAUGAGCCAACAGCAGAUGACUCCAAACACCACUGUGACUCCUACCGGUAUGCCCUCCCAGAACCCUCGGAUGGCCAUGAUGAGCCUCUCCAGCGCCAUGACGGUGCAGCAGAAACACCAGCAGAAGAUGCGGCUCCAGCAGAUCCAGAUGGAGAAGGAGAGGAUCAAACACCUGCAGCAAGAGCUCAUGAGACAGGAGAAGGCCUUGUAUAAUCAGAUUCCCAGUCAGAUUCCCAUUGAAUCAGAAAACAUCCCUACAGCCCAGAAUGCUGUCUCUACACCAGCUAUGACACAGGAGAUGCACGCCAUCACAAACAAUGGCUCUGACCCCUUCCUCAGCAGUGGACCAUACCAUUCACGCCAGGCAAGUGCAGACAGUGGUUUAGGAUUGGGAAGAACACCUGAAGACUUCCUGGGUCAUGUGGAGGAGAUGGAUACAGGAGAAAUGGGGCAGACUGCCAUGACCACAAAUCAGCCCAGCCGCUUCCCCGACUUCCUGGACUCUCUGCCUGCAAGUAACGUGGAUCUUGGGACCUUGGAAGGUGAGGACCUGAUGCCAAGCCUGCAGGAGCCCUUUGGGUCGGAUAUCUUGCCUGACGUGGAGUCCAGCCUCAAUCCGAAGGAGACUUUCCUCACUUGGUUGUAAUCACUGCGGGAAGCAAGAGGAAAGAAGGAAGAGAAGUAAAAUGGGAAGUGAGAUGGAGUUACCCUUUCUGCUUGGAUCAGAGGCAAAGUGUCUCAAGUAGUGCUUUUUGUUUGCCUGAAAACUUUUAUGUUCGUUCCUUCACCCCAAAGUGGUAUAUGCUUGUCAUUUAAUUAAAGGCGGCUAGCAGUAUUUUAUAUGAACUAUAUCCUAGAACUAUCUCAAUAUCUUUGAGCUUCCAAGUAAUCAUGGGAUUAACCUCUAGUAGAAGAUCAAAGAUUCCACUGCUUGUCCUGUCUUGCAUGGCCAAAUGGAUGAUUCUUUUUUUCCUUAUUAUAACAUUAUUAUAUUAUUAGUAACUAAAGGAGGAAAAAAAAUUGAACCUAAGAGAUUAACCGUUUGUUUUGCAACUGGAGAAGUCUUUUUGGUUCAAGACUGAAAGAAAGGUCGGGUGGGAGAAGGGGAAGGUGGGGUGAGGGGGGGGGGGAAGGAGCAUUCAUACACAAAUUGUUUUGGUGACCUUUUUAUCAGGAGGUCGAAGUGAUACCAAACACUUCUCAUCUAUUUAAUACGAACAGAGCUUUAAAAUUGUUUGUAUUGUUCAAUAUAUAAAAUAAUGUACAAAAAGGUGGGCAAAUUUGGAGUCCAGGUUUGGUCGUCAUGACGAUAGUAGCCAUUUGCACAUGAGGCACCUCUGCAAAUUUGGCUGUUCAUGUGGCAGCUAUAUGUUACUCUGUCAUCUGCUGUUACUUAUUUCUCAUGACCUAGACACCACUGUUAAUAGGUUUCUCACAAUCACACAUCCUGCCUUUGCCUAUUAUAUUUAGUGGGGGUGUUAAAAAGCAUUUACUGUAAAGCAGCCUUUAACACCUCUGUAAAAAGAGUGGACAGGGCAACAUGAUGUAAGCAUGCUGUAUCCCUUAAUUUCACCAUUACCCUUUUGGCAUCUCAAUUUUCAAAGCUUUGAUAUUACAAUGUAGCUAAAUGUAAUGGUAUACCCUUAUAGUUUGUUGUCAUAAUGCUAUAUGCUGUAAAAAGACUUUUGCAAAAAAAAAAGCUACCACAUUUUUAUCAAGUGACAACUUAAAUCAUUUUUUAAGAAAACUUUUUUUUAAUUAUUAUUGUAAGGAAACUUGGAUUUUGGAUUUUUAUCACAUUGAAUACUCGAAUUGUUAUACUAUUUUUAAAAAAAGUUGGAAUUUUCAUCGGCUCUUAAGUAAGAACCUGGAACGAUAGAGAGGGAAAAACCGCAAUAGAUUGGGAAAAUUCAUGGAGGAACAGGAUGGAUGACACAGUUUGGAAGUGGUAAGGUAAUUGGAUUUGCACCUUUGUUGUGAUGCAUCAUGGGUCAGAGUCUAUCUUUGUUGUGAUGCAUCAUGGGUCAGAGUCUAUCUUUGUUGUGAUGCAUUGUGAGUCAAAGUCCUUAUGAAGAUACCCUCGAUACAAAAUAAAGCAUGGUACACUGUUCUAAAUAGUCCGUUCCAAUCCGACUUGACCAAGAUAGCCUUCUUAAGGGAAUUGGACAAAAAAAUCAGUGGGGGUGGAGGGGAGGGUGGGAGAAAGCGGUUGAUAUAAAAUGAAUUAGCAGUGAAUGGUAAUCAUUCAUUUUAACUACAAGCAGGGAGGUUGGGCCUGCUGAGUGUAACUUGUACCCUUCACUGAAGGCAGGGCCUAAUGUAUGGAGCUUUACUGAAAGCUCCGCGUCCCAUAUUGUAGCUGCUCUUUCUUUGUUUAUGCAAUUGUCCAACACCCAGACUUAGUAGAAGUACAAAGUUUGGGCACUGGAUUUGCAAGAUCUACUUACCCACCUUGUAUCCCUCCCCCCCCCCCCACCUCCCUUGAGAAGCAGCUACAGGAAGGUCGCUAAAUGAAAAAGAGAGGAACAGAAAACAAUGUAGAAUUGGACAGAGAAAGUCGAUGAGCUUGUUUUAUGCAUUGUGCCCAGUUAACUGUGUGCUUUGUUCUUGGGACCUCUGUAAGUGAAAUAUGCCUGGAACAGGCAAUGCAAUGGAAGUCAGGCUUUGAUUAAAGUUGUUUGAAGGCAAGAUGAGGCCUUGGAGUCAAUAUCCCAUCACCCCAACCUUGGCUCGACACUCCCAUUCCCUUGCCUUUAUUGCAUGUGUUUCUGGAGGUGUGUGGGGUUUUGGGUGGGUGGGGUUGUGAGUGUUAGGGCAGACCUUGUGUUAGUGAGGAUUUGCAAUCGAGGGAAGUAAUCACUUCAUGUUUACUCUGGCCAGUGUUGGGAAAGAAACUGAGGAGUGUGGGGUGUCGGGGGGAGACUUCAAACCUGGGUCUUUUCCUGGACUCUGUUCCUCGCACCAAGAGGUGAAAGGACAGAAAAUGCUGAGCGGCCAGAAGCAAAUGGGAUUAAGGAAACUGUCCUCACCUCUCUAAUAUAAUCUGAAUUUUUUUGACUUCUUUCGUACAUGGGAGGCUCUUUCCUUACAGAAUUGGCACUGUGUCUGAUAUUUUUUAAAGAAGUUUGGAAUCUUAAUGUGAGUUGAGUGAAUUGCACUUUUAGACUUCAUAGUUAACUAGUCUCAAUUAUUAUUGUAAAUUUGUGUUAAUCAACUUACCUUUUAGUAUCUCUUACUGAACUCCGCUGAUGCUUCUGCAUUGUAUACUUGGAUAUGGGCAGUGAGGAGGAUCUUUGAAUCAAACAUUCGGAGUUUAAGCUGCCAAGGCAGUGCUAUCACCUGAGGCAGAUCACCCCUUCAAAAGUGGGUGUGAGCUCCUUUGUGGUGGACUUUGGCCGAUGGAUCUCGAACUGAUCCAGAAGAAGUCUGUACAGUCACUAUUGCUGGUCAUCCCCUCUUCUUCUGGCGGGGGGGGGGGUGCGAUAUUUAUCUCAGCUGUUAGGAUAGGGGCAAAAAUCAUUGGGUGCAGAAAUUGGUCUUUGGGAUGUACAAGUGUUGGCUGCCGAUUGUAUUCACCUCCAUGCUUCCGGUUUCAAUGGAACAGCAACCGGUAGCCAAUACUCACAUCUAGCUCCAGCCACGAAAGAAAAAUUUCUCCGCUUGGCAGUGUUGAGAAACUGCACUGAAGGUACAACACAGGAUUUGUAAAAUGGAAAUGCAGUGGGGAACAGAUGAGAAAGUCGGGAUAACACCAAUAUUUUAAUUACAGUCUUUGAUAAUCUAGAAAAGGAGCACAAGUGCAAAUUGGACAGUCUGCUUGCAUCUGUCCGAGCUUCUGAGAACUGCUUCAGUAAUCGAGAUUAUCAGUUUAAGAUAUAUUACUUCUGUUGCACUGCAAGCAUUUUUGUCACUCGAUUUAUUCAUAUGGUAUGGAAGUGUAUCAUGUUUGUGACCUUAUUUUUUGAACUUGGGUUAUUUUAUACUGAGAUGUGUGAACAUUGCUGUAGCAUGGUAAACGUAUGUGUUGUAUGUAAACACAGUUCAGUUCUGGUUUAAAUCCUUGCAGUCCUGUACUACAAGCUUUAAAAAAAAUAAAUAUAAUUGG